AUGCAGCAUCUUCAUGUCCUCUCUUUGUUUUUAUCGAUGUCCCAUUUUACAACACUGGCCUCUACAGCUUACACAAAUUCCUCGGCGGACCGAGAGCCUGUAGAGGCUGAUCCUAGUUCACUGCCAUCGGACCUCAUUCUCCAGCGCAAUGCUCAGAUAGCCUCUCGGCUCGCUGCGGGACCAGUCCAUGGCGUGAAAAAGAUGAGCGACGACGAAGGCGAAAAAUUCUUUCUCGACUACUGGAGUUUCAUGGAUACCACUGCCUCGGGGAAUUUAUCAGAGAGAAGCUAUUCUGACGAAGAUGCCUUCUCUCCUGCGCGCUUCAUGGCCCAAUCAUACCCUUUUGAUCCAUCAUAUUCCUCAUUCUCUGAUAACCCAGAUUUGUUUCCCCGGAAGAGCGGUGACAGUGAAACAAGUCAUCUCGAGGCCCGGAACUUCAAAUGCCCCGCUGGAACAUCGGCAUGCCUAUCUAUAGGCCGAUCUGACCGCUGCUGUGGGUCUGAGGAGACGUGCCAGCUUGUCGUAGACACAGGGCAUGGCAAUGUGGGUUGCUGUCCUAGCUGGAAAAAAUGCUCUGGGAUGAUUGGGUCAUGCGAGCGUGGGUAUACAGCUUGCUCAACGGCUUUGGGGGGUGGGUGUUGUAUUCCAGGGUAUCAGUGUGUUGAAGGAGGCUGUGCGUAUGUUACUGUUAUUACUGUGACUCUCCAUUCAACAGCGGUACUCUCUACUGUGACCUACUCGACCAAACCGCAGGAUACUGCAUCCGCAUCUAGCUCGUGCUCGACAGCCUCCUCUCAUAGCAGCAUUCCUACGACUACGAACGACAGUCUGGCAGCACCGGGGCGUCCGACAGGUCUUUCGACGGCAACCAGCAUUACUCGCGGCGAUGAUGUCUGCCCGACUGGGUUCUAUGCCUGCUCCGCCGUCUACCACGGUGGCUGCUGCCGCACUGGACGAGACUGCGAUACGACCUCAUGCCCAACCACGUCUUCGACGACCUUCAUAUCAGGCGAUGUUACAAUUGUCGCACCCGUCGCAACGACAACAGAGCACCCUGGUGGAAACCAGUGUGCCAAGGGCUGGUUUCACUGUGCUGACACCGUCGGCGGAGGAUGUUGUCCCAUGGGAUUUGCCUGUGGCUCCAGCUGCACUGCAACUGACACUGCGUCUGCGGCAACGGUUGCCAAGGAACAACCAACCAGCGCAGAUGGUAUGGUGCACCCGGUGAACAAGAUCAUGUUGGGGAUGAUGUUUGGGAUUAAUGUGGGGAUCUGCCGGCCGGCUGCUGCACUCGGAGCUGAUCCCCGAAACUCGCCGACACCGUUCGCCGCCGGUGCGGUGGCUGGUGUCUCCGAGAUCCUGAUUAUGUACGCCCGCUCCAUCCGGUCCCAUGGUCGCAUCGUCACUUCUGUCGAAGACAUGCCUGCUAUAAUGUACCCUCUGGAUGUGCUCAAGACUCGAAUCCAACUUCAAACAGGAGCUCCUGUUCCCGGUGUUGACCACUACAAUGGCAUGUUCGACUGCUUCCGCAAGAUCGUUAAGAAUGAGGGUGCCUCGCGUCUGUACCGUGGUAUCUCUGCGCCCAUUCUGAUGGAGGCACCCAAGCGUGCGACCAAGUUCGCCGCUAAUGACAGCUGGGGCGCCUUCUACCGCAACCUGUUCGGCGUUGAUAAGCAGACCCAAGGACUGGCCGUUUUGACCGGAGCCACAGCCGGAGCAACUGAAUCUUUCGUGGUGGUUCCAUUCGAGCUGGUCAAGAUCCGUCUCCAAGACAAGGCCCAGGCUCACAAGUACAACGGCAUGCUCGAUGUCGUUAAGAAGAUUGUGGCCGCCGAAGGUCCCCUGGCAUUGUACAACGGUUUGGAGUCUACUAUGUGGCGCCACAUCCUGUGGAAUGCAGGCUACUUCGGCUGUAUCUUCCAGGUCCGCGCACAGCUGCCCGCUGUUGAGCCCGGCAACAAGAACCAGCAGACCCGCAACGACUUGAUCGCCGGUACCAUUGGUGGUAUCACCGGUACUAUCCUGAACACCCCCAUGGACGUCGUCAAGUCUCGCAUCCAGAACACCUCCAAGGUCGCCGGUCAGGCUCCCAAGUACAAUUGGGCUUGGCCUGCCCUUGGCACCGUUAUGAAGGAGGAGGGCUUCUCUGCCCUGUACAAGGGCUUCACCCCUAAGGUCCUCCGUCUUGGCCCUGGUGGUGGUAUUCUGCUUGUUGUCUUCACUGGUGUCAUGGACUUCUUCCGCAACAUGCGCGGCGAGUAA